AGCGGCGCCCAGGACAUGGUGAUCCACCGCACGGCCGUGCCCGCGCCCGCCGCCGCCUGCCGCCUCAAGGUUGGUCCAAAAAAGGAAGUAGCAGAAUGUAAGGAAAAGUUUGCAAGUUCUGUGGAUCCAACGGUUAGUCAAGCUUUUAUGUUAGAUAGAGUAUUUAAUCCUGAAGGAAAGUCCCUGCCGCCUAUGCGAGGAUUCAAAUACUCCAGCUGGUCACCCCUGGGCUGCGACGCGAACGGGAGGUGCCUGCUUGCAGCUUUAACCAUGGACAAUCGAUUGACCAUCCACGCCAACCUCAACAGGCUGCAGUGGGUGCACUUGGUCGACCUGACGGAAGUUUACGGGGAGCGUUUGUACGAAGCCAGUUACAGACUUUCCAAGGUGGAUGCUCCCAGGGCAGAACUAGGAGACUUUGCUGAAUUCCAGCGGCGGCACAGCAUGCAGACCCCGGUGCGCAUGGAGUGGUCCGGGAUCUGCACCACGCAGCAGGUUAAACACAACAACGAAUGCCGGGAUGUUGGCAGCGUGCUCUUAGCAGUGCUCUUUGAAAAUGGGAACAUUGCAGUUUGGCAGUUUCAGCUGCCGUUUUUGGGGAAGGAAUCAAUUACUUCUUGCAAUACCAUAGAGUCUGGAAUUAGUUCUCCGAGUGUCUUGUCUUGGUGGGAAUAUGAACAUAACAACCGGAAAAUGAGCGGACUCAUUGUAGGGAGUGCUUUUGGACCAGUCAAAAUCCUUCCUGUCAAUCUAAAGGCAGUUAAGGGCUACUUCACGCUGAGACAGCCUGUAGUUUUGUGGCAAGAAAUGGACCAGUUGCCAGUGCAGAGUAUCAAAUGCAUUCCUCUUUACCAUCCGUACCAGAAAUGUAGCUGUAGCUUGGUGGUGGCUGCAAGAGGACCUUACGUGUUCUGGUGUCUUCUGUUGAUAUCCAAAGCAGGUUUGAAUGUCCACAAUUCCCAUGUUACAGGACUUCAUUCUCUGCCAAUUGUGUCUAUGACUGCAGACAAACAGAACGGCACGGUGUAUACCUGCUCCAGCGAUGGAAAGGUAAGGCAGCUGAUCCCUAUAUUCACAGACGUUGCUUUAAAGUUUGAGCACCAGCUGAUUAAGCUCUCCGAAGUGUUUGGCUCUGUAAGGACUCAUGGAAUAGCUGUUAGCCCGUGUGGUGCCUACUUAGCAGUUAUUACAACGGAGGGCAUGACUAACGGUCUUCACCCCGUAAACAAAAACUAUCAAGUGCAGUUUGUAACGCUUAAAACAUUUGAGGAGGCGGCUGCUCAGCUCUUGGAAUCAUCCGUGCAGAAUCUUUUCCGGCAGGUGGACCUGACAGAUCUUGUGCGCUGGAAAAUUUUGAAGGAUAAGCAUAUUCCUCAGUUCUUGCAGGAAGCACUGGAUAAAAAGAUUGAGAGCUGUGGUUCUACCUACUUCUGGCGGUUUAAGCUCUUUCUGCUCAGAAUUCUGUACCAGUCAAUGCAGAAGGCUCCCUCCGAGGUCAUGUGGAGACCUUCCCACGAGGAGGCAAAAAUCUUGAUAUCGGACUCGCCUGGGAUGGGCAGCACUGAAGAUGAUCAGGAUGAGGGAACUUCUAAACAAGCCAGCAAGCAGAAUCUGUGCGACACAGGCAAGGCUAUGGACGUGGAUGACACUGCAGAGGAUUCUCUUCCUCAGUCGGGUGACGUGGGAGGCCGUGAACCAAUGGAAGAAAAACUUCUUGAAAUACAGGCGCAAAUAGAGGCAGUAGAAAUGCACUUGACGCGAGAACACAUGAAACGAGUGUUGGGAGAAGUUUAUCUGCACACCUGGAUUACAGAAAACACCAGUAUUCCCACCAGAGGAGUCUGUGACUUCUUAAUGUCCGAUGAAGGUUAUGAGGACAGAACAGCACGCGUGCUGAUUGGGCACAUCUUAAAGAAAAUGAACAAGCAGACUUUCCCAGAGCACUGCAGCUUGUGUAAAGAGAUCCUGCCGUUCACUGAUCGCAAACAGGCAGUUUGCUCCAAUGGACAUAUCUGGCUCAGGUGCUUUUUAACCUACCAAUCCUGCCAAAGCUUGGUGUACAGAAGGUGUUUGCUUCAUGACAGCAUCGCACGACAUCCAACCCCAGAAGAUCCUGAAUGGAUCAAGAGGUUAUUGCAAGGUCCAUGUACGUUCUGUGAUUCUCCUGUGUUUUAGAGAAAAGCUGUGUAAAGACUCAAAGUAUUUUCUGUACCACAGAGGCUCCUUCCAUCUUGAUGGGUGUUGAGUGGAGGAGUAGGCGCUUUACUGAAGAGAAAAGACACUGUCCACAAUUCUGUAAAUAGAACAGUGGAGGAUUCAGAAAAUCCUUCAUCCAGAGCCUGAUCCAUGCUCCAGGAACAGGAGCACAUCUAGAAAACCCAAGUUCAUGAAGCAGUUUGGAAACACCCUGUUGGAGCAUCAGCAGUGAAUUGGACACGUCCUUUUACCGAAAAGGAGCAGCAGUCUCCAGCGUUCAGUCUGAACUGGCCUUUCUGCCUGGCACCUGCAUGAUUUCCUUCAGGGCAGAAGAGAACAGAGGAGCUGCCUCUCAGAUACUUUGGUAGUAGAUACUCAGUAAACCAUUGCCAGUUUAUUUAACCUGAUUUAUGACUGCUGGGAGAAUGGAAUUUUAAAGCCAGCGGUGUCGGCUUUGUCUGCAUGCCAGUGGAGAUCCUUUAGCACAAAGCUUUCACUUCUCACCCCGACCCAUUCACAACGGGUAAAGAGGUAUUGUGCUUUUUGUUUUGCUUUUCAAACCAUCCCUGGUCUCCAAGUGUAUUUUUAGUUAGUCUGGCCUUGAGUAGCAUAGCAUACCUGAGACGAGUAAAAUUUAACCUCCAAUAUUGAUCACAUUGGAUCUUUCUGCUCACUUACCUGGGCAGAUUUCCUUCUGAAGAAACUGCAUCUGUUCUGGAUUCACUGCUGGCAGUUCUGGGAAGGUGGGGUUUAGUCCCAUGCCUGAUACAAUACACAGAGCUGCAGCGACACCCCAAUGAAUUCUCUCACGUUGUCCCUUAGGCUUUCCUAAUCAAAUCCUGUUUUAAUCCUGAGUGGAGGAGGAAGACAUGAGCAUCAGCACCCAGAUCCCUGCUUUGUUUUGCUAUUUAAGCAAAGUGUCUAUUUACACUAGAGCUAUCCAAUAUUAAGACCCAGGCUAUUAUGAGACACAGUUACAUAUGCAAAGAAUAAAUCACAACCACCAAAUAAUAAACCACUGGUUUCUAGGUGUGCCAUUUUGCUUGAACAGAGCUGGGUGCAUCAGAGAGAACUCCAUGUGUGUUGCAACGAGUGAUCACAAUAAAGGGCUUGUUGGCCUUUUCUAUUGGCCAUUGGUCCUUGCCAUCGAGUUUCGAUUGCCCUUUCUUUCUGGCACUCACCUAGUCAGCAUGUACUUAGAACUAGUCCAGGGCUUAUCAGGAAAUAGCAAACUAAAAAACUUGUUACCACGGAGUUCUAACCUAGUUUGUAUUAUUUUUGCAGCUGGAAAUAAAAGCAGUAAAGAGUCUCAGGCUCAAAAGUGUUGUUAGUCAUGGCUGAAGUCACAUUUAGAACCCAAUUUUAACCAUCUAAAUGAACCAGAAGAAAGUGGAAUACUUAAAAAUAGCUACCGAUACUAGUUCUCCAUCUCAGUCCCUCUCUAGUAUUCCCUUUUGAAGCAUCUUUGGGAACUUUCUACAUCAAGCUCAUAAACACACAAUCUACCUUGAUUGAAUUCAAGACAUAUUUUUAUUUUCCUCCCUCCUUUAACGAGACCUGGUACAAACUUCCCUGUGGAGGUGCCUGCUCCUUCACAGCUUCACUGUUACCUGCUAGGCUGGCCUAGCUGCUUUUCCCCUCCGCGCAAGUGAACAAGAACCACACGAGUUGGGUUGGGAAAUGCAGACUCUGCCCGACCUGUCUGAAGAUGCAGGAGUCUGAACUGAGCAACACGGAUGAUGGCUUUCUGCGGGAGUCACAAGUCAGGAUAGUUUUUCCACAGUUUUUAGAAUUUAGCAUGUAUGUAUAGCAAAAUCCGCAGAGCAAUUGUCUUCCUAUCUAAUGGAGGAGGUACAUUUUCAUUUGAAUUACAACCUAUAUUAAUCCUUAGCUAUAUUCAGCUUGAAAUAAUGCAACAUAUAUACCAAUAUCUUACACUGGAGAUGUUCUCAGCCACUUGGUGUCAUCUGGAAUAUUUUCAUUCCAUCCCUUUUUCACGAGGGCUAACUCUGUUUUUAAGCAGUCUUCAUUCAAGACCUGGCACCGCUCGUGUUUUGCCACCUGUAAGCCCUGGCAGGAGAGUGACCCCAGGAGCGUCACAGCUGAACACGUGUCACUGGAGAGGCCUCUGUUCACAGGUGACAUUGACUGCACUACAGCUCAGGACAAGGCGAGUAAUUCCCUGUGCUCUCCUGCCUUCAAGGACUCCAGCAGAACAUGAAUAUUGCAGUAGGAGUUUCUUCAUCCCAGAAGAUUCAUGCA